AUGGCAAUGAAAAAUCCCCAGUAUGUUUCCAACCAUCGUGCAACUGAGUCUUAUUAUGGAACAUGCAAAAGUGAAAAUAAAAAAGUGGUGGAUUCGUGUGGAACUAGCAAUGUGGGAAUGUUAAAUGGGUGCCACAAAAUUGGGGGAAUAAGCAUUCCCCUUUUUUUUGCAAAAGUGUUGAUAUUUGUCAACUUGGUUUUACUAUUGCAGCCUUCUUCACAUAGUAUGGCUAUUGACAAAACGAGAGGAGAAUAUCAUGAGGGUACCACAUGGAGGACCAAUGAAGGACAGUGGGAAAAUGUACGAAAGAACCGAAUUUUAAUUGAGUGUUUAAAAAACUCCAACAAAACUUAUGAUAAACUAGAACAAAAUAUUGUAGAAAAAAUAGAAAACAUAUACGAAGAACAGAGACGAAACAUUGUAUCUAAAAUAAUGGCCUUUAUAAAAAAAAUUGAUUUAAUUGUGGAAAAAGAAAUAAUAAAAACGCUUAAGUAUAUAGAAGCUGAAAAGGACGAACCAAUUAAAAGUGGCUUAAAUUUUCUUGAAAAAGUGAAAAACUUUUUUAGAGGAUUUAAGAUAUUUUCAACUCCUGUUUUGGGCACUCUAGCUGCUUUUACUGCGUACUAUUUUAAAUCUAAAGCUUUUACUGCCAUGGUUUUUUUAACCGUGUCGUUUUUACCUUUCAUUUCGACAUGUUACUUGGCUUAUAAAAUAUUUAAAAUACGCAGUGAAAUGUCAAAAUGA